AUGGAUAAUGGUUACUUAUCACCAAAUAAUGGUAUUAACACACAGUCUGAAAGUGAGCUUUCAUCAACGUCAGUCGUCGGUUCAACAGAUAAAACUGCCGCACAACAAAUUACGAUACAUUCGACUGGUGGAUUCUUACUUUUCUUUAGGCAAUUAUGGAUUAUGAUUCGGAGAAAUUUUAUAUUACAAAAACGAUAUUAUAAAUCGACACUCUCUCAAAUUUUAAUCGGCCCAAUAAUAUUUUUGCUACUUUUAUACAUAUUACAACAAGCUGACAAUAAUCAAAUAUUAAAGUCAAAUCUACACCCAACGGCUUAUCCCCUGCUUGGAGGACGAACAGCAUCUGACCCAUGUAUCAAUUUGAUGUAUACACCAGAUGACCAAACAUCACGUACGAUAAUGCAAGCUUUUGCAGAUAACAAUUUCAAACGGACUGGAUACAAAUUAAACAUCGAAACUCCAAUCACUAGCCUUGACUUUAUACCAACUUCCAAGCUUGGAAUUGUUCCCGUUACUAAUGCUGACUUCAUUUACAAUUACACUUUAAAUCAUCCAAAUGUAACAAUGUUUGGUAUUGAGUUCAGUACUGUUCAAGGCCCUCCUGUGAAUUAUAGAUAUCAGGUUUGGUUUAACAGCACUCUUAUGGCAAAUAGUUCUGAUGUGUUUGGUGAACAAGUACUUGCUUUACAACGUGGAAUUGAUGAAGCUAUCGUUACUUUCGCUAGUAACGAUCCUCAAAAUCCAGCGACAUUUGACAUUAAACUUAAGGAUUGGCCUAAAGUUCCUCCUUCUCAACUUAGUGAUCAAAUCGUAACAUCUUUUGGUGCUGUAUUUUUCUUUUGUGCUGAAAUGAUCAUUUUCAUUUCUGUUCUAAACACAAUUGUUACUGAAAAAGAACAAAAGUUAGUAGAUAGUUUGGUGAUGAUGGGUUUGAAAACUGAAGUUUAUUGGUUAAGCUAUUUCAUUUCUAAUGCUUGGUUAGUGGUCAUUUGUUCGUUGAUAACCUGCACUUUUGGGCUUGCUUUUCAAUUUUUUGUCUUUAAAAAUGCAAACUUUGCUGUUCUAUUCAUUACAUUUAUUCUUUUUGGUCUUGCUAUGGUCUCUUUUGCAUUCUUUAUCACUACAUUUUGUCGUCGUGCUCGUGUUGCUGUACUUGUUGGUAUAUUCAUAUUUAUUAUUGGUCUUAUUUUCCAAUCUUUUGUAUUCUCUAAUUCAUUUGUGGGUUACAUUUGGUGGAGUCAAUCUGUUGAUAAAAUAGGCUGGAUUAUUCUUAUGUUCUUACCAUUUUUCAAUUUUGGAAAACUUUAUUUGGAUUUAUCUAUGUUGACUUCUGGAAAACUUGAUCGAUUAACUCAAACUGUUGUCCCUGGACCAGGAUUUUCCUGGAAUGAUCUUUAUAAUACGAUUCCUGAUACUUAUCUUCCAACUUAUAGUGAUUCUAAUAUCAGACCUUCUGUACCUCCUCCAAUUCAAAGUUGGUAUUUCUUGUUGAUGAAUAUAGGUUUUUAUUGUAUUUUUACAUGGUAUUUGGACAAAAUCAUUCCUGACGAAUUUGGAAAUUAUAAGAAUCCAUUUUUCUUUUUGACACCUGGUUAUUACGGAAUUAAAUUCAAAAAAACGUUUGAUUUGCAAGCAUGGAUAAAUCGUGCACAAAAAGCUAGCAUUGGUAAACAUACUGAAGAAGAUGAGGACGUCGCUCGUGAACGUAUUCUAGCGUUUGAUUCGACUCAUGAAUGUGUUGUUAGAAUUUGCAAUCUCAGCAAAAUUUAUCGAAAAAAUUUAUUGAUUAAAAGUGUAUUUGAUAAGAUUGCAGUUAAUGAUUUGUGCUUGACUUUGAAGGAAGGAAAAUGUCUUGCUUUAUUAGGACAGAAUGGUGCAGGUAAAAGUACAUCAAUGAACAUCCUAUCCGGGCUAACUCCUGCAACAAAUGGUGACGCAUUGUUAUACGGAUAUAGCGUUCGAGAUGAUAUGAGCAAAAUUCGUAAAAUCAUGGGAGUGUGCCCUCAACAUGAUAUUCUUUUUAACGAUCUGACGGCGAAAGAGCAUAUUGAACUUUAUGCAGGUAUUAAAAAUAUACCUUCCGCUGAAAUUGCGAAAUUAGUCGAGGAACGGUUAGCUGCUGUACGUCUCACUAAGGUUGCUGAUAAACCGGCCGGUUCUUAUAGUGGUGGUAUGAAGCGUCGUCUUAGUAUGGUAAUUUCUACCAUUGGUGAUCCUAAAAUCAUUUUCAUGGAUGAACCUACGACCGGAAUGGAUCCAGUUAAUAGACGUCAUGUAUGGAGUUUUAUUGAAAAGUUUAAACAAGGAAGGAUUAUUAUUUUAACAACUCAUUCUAUGGAAGAAGCAGAUGUACUAGGUGAUCGAAUUUGUGUGAUGGCUCAUGGUCGUUUAUGUGCUCUUGGAAAUUCUAUGCGCAUUAAAAAUAAAUUUGGUGCCGGUUAUCGUGUAUCUCUUGUCACUCACCCUAAUGAUUCACAACGUCUUAAGGAAUUGGUUGAAGCUCAAGUACCUGAUGCUAAAUUGGAAGAUGAUUCAGCUGGUUCUCUUAUCUAUGAACUUCCUUUAUCUGCCUUACCAGCUUUACCAUCAUUCAUUCAAUGGUUGGAGGAAAAUGAGGAGAUGAGCAAUAGCGAACCAGGAAAGAAACUUGUUAAAGCUUGGGGUGUAAGUCAAAAGAGUUUAGAAGAAGCCUUUUUAAGAUUGUGA